AUGAGCAGAAACUCUUCAUCGAGCAUGUCAGAAAGAGAAACUGAAAAGCUGCCAUGCAAUAUUGAGGUUAUCUCUCAAACUUCAAAGAACCUUUCAGGUUCCAUCAAACAAAUUAGUGGUUCAAAGGAUAAAGAUGUUGUGUAUGAUUUCAUCGUGAAUUUUGACCCUGACUUGUAUGCCGGGGAAAAAGUUGAUGAGAAAGAGAUUACCAAAAAAUUAGAUAAGACCUUUCUGCUUCCAUUGUUGAUAACUUAUUUGUUUCAAUUUUUGGAUAAGGUUGCUUUGAACUAUGCGAAAGUUAUGGGCUUAGCAGUGGACUUAAAAUUGGUCGGAAAUCAAUUCAGCGACUUACCAACUUACUUUUUUGUUGCAUAUAUCAUAGCUGAGUUUUUCCAAGGCUUUUAUAUUAUUCAAAAAUUUCCAGUUGCCAAAGUUUUGGCCGUUAAUGUGUUCUUAUGGGGUAUUUUCAUUACUCUAAGUGCUUGCGCCACCAAUUUUGCUGGUAUUAUGGUCUUGAGAGUAUUGCUGGGAGUCACAGAAUCAUGCAUCACGCCAUGCUUGAUUUUAUUGACAACUUCCUUCUAUUCAAAGAAGGAGGGUACCUUUCGGAUGGGUAUAUGGUAUUCAGGUCUAGGUUUCGGGCAGAUUGUGGGAGGUAUAAUCUCGUUUUUGUUUCAACUCAUCGAGAAUACUACCAUACCAGGUUGGAAAAUCAUGUUUAUCUUUAUUGGAGCUCUUAACAUUUUUUGUGCCAUCUACCUGUAUAUGUUCAUUCCAUCGACUCCUCUUGAUCACAAGGGACUGUCCGAAUUAGAAAAAUACACUCUAUUGGUAAAAUUAAGUGCUGGUAAAAUUGGUGUUACAUCAAAGAAACUCAUUUGGUCGCAGAUCGUCGAAUUGUUUUGUGAUAUCCAAGCUUAUUUGCUGUUAAUAAUUUCUGCAACAAUCUCGUUUUCUUCGAAUACAAUAUCCACAUUCAGCUCUAUAGAUAUCAUGUCCUUUGGAUUUAGCGCUAAAGAGGCUGCUCUGCUGAAUAUGCCAUCUGGGGUUGUUUCAAUAAUUUCUUCGUUUCUUUCGACAUUUUUUAUCAUGAAAGGGGUUCCUAGAUAUUUGGCAAUUACCGUGUUGAUUAUCCCGGCUGUUAUUGGAGCAGCUUUGAUGAGUUUUCUUCCAAAAUCCAACCAAGCAGGUCUUUUGGUAGGAAUAUAUAUGAUCAACACGAUUACUGCACCGUUAGCCAUUUGUUACAGUUGGGCUGGUGUAAACUUUGCUGGUUCUACAAAAAAAAUUGGUUCGACGGCAGUUUUCAUCAGUAUUGGGUUUGCACUGGGGAACAUAGUAGGACCUCAGUCUUACAGAGUCAAAGAUGCCCCGGAUUAUUACCCUGCUAAAAUCUCAAUGUUAAUCACUCAGGCUGUAUCCAUUCCGUUGGCAUGGCUAAUUGCUUUAAUAUAUUAUCUCAGAAACAAGAGGAGAAAUGCAAAGCAGGCUUUGGAAACAGUUGAAAUUGAAGAUGACAUGCUCAAUGCAUGGUCAAACUUGACUGAUUUCCAAAACAAAUCUUUCAGAUAUUCUUAUUGA